AUGGCCGCCAGGCGGAUCCUAAAAUUCCCCCAAACCGACGACCCGUCAUCCCACGUUCUCGUGCAGGUCUCGCCAAAGGGCUCAAAGCCCCUCGACCUGAAAUUAGUCGGCACAGAAGGCCGAGCCGCCUACGUGUGUUCCCUGCGGCAUGACCGCGUCGCGCCCCUCCGUGUUGGAAACUGCCCCGUCUCCGAAACGGAGUGGCAGGCCAUCCUGCAGUCCAUCCUGGACCAGCAGCCGCUCCCUGGCAUCCAGGCGUCCGCCGCGGUGCAAACCGGGUCGUCCAUAUCCCUCUCCCGCCUCGAGCCUGGUGGCGAGCCUGACCCUUCCCGCUUGCAGCAACGCCUCGGCGCCGUCACGCUGAACCAUGACCAAGCCGAGCGGAUUGAGCUGUUUGAAUGGUGCGCCACCUCUGUGGACGCGGCUGGCCGGGCUGAAGAGUCUGCGGCCGCGGCUGGAUCCCGGAUCCGCGACCUGCAGGCUUCUGUGGACCGGCUCGAGAUGCAGCUGGAUGAGCUGGUCGCCGCCAAGCAGGAGGAUGACGUGGUGCUGCUGCAGAAGUUUAGGGACCUGCUGAAUGAGAAGAAGGUCAAGAUUCGGGAGCAGCAGAAGAUCAUUACGGAAUUGACGGCGGACGGUGCCCGUCGGGAGGAUGACGCCGAGGCCGAGGCCGACGCCGGGGAGGUACAGACGCUCAAGAAGGGGAAGAGGGCGCCCAAGAGAAAGGCACAGGCCGUUGAGAAUGAGUCCCCCGAGGCGGACGUCGACAUGGCGGCUGGGGACACGACUGAGGCGACGGACUCUGUGGCGAGUGACCAUGGGGACGAUGACGAGGGCGAGGACGAGAACAUGGGCGAAGCAGCGGGAGAGCCGGCGCCGCCCCAGAAGAAGCAGAAUGCGCCUCCGCCCCCGCGGGCUCUGCCGUUUCAAAAGAAGAAGCGGUCAGUCGCUGCGGAUGAUUCGGACGAUGAUGAGUUGUGA